GGUCCACAAUGUAUGGUGACUCAUUUCGAGACUUAUUUGAAUGUCCUUGGAAACGAUGGAGAUUUUUAUAGACGACCGCUGCCGUCAACGCAGAGUGGAACUAUUAGAUACGGGUACCAGCCGGUUGGUAUAAAUAUACUCAACAAAUUUAUGAAGGAAAUAGCUGAAAAGGGGUCAUUACAGGGAAGUUUUACCAACCAUAGUGGAAAACGCACGUGUGCAACAACUAUGUAUACUGCAGGAAUUGAUGAGCAGGAAAUUAUGGACAGAACUGGCCAUAGGUCAGUAACCGCAGUGCGGAAAUAUAAACAGUCAUCCGAUCAAGUUCGAAAAAUGGUAUCUAAUGUGCUUGAUCUUAAUAAGGAAGAUACUGAUCUCCAUGUAUCAAAAGUGCUUAAAUACGAGAAAAAUGAAAGUUCUUGUAAAACAACAUCAGAUAAGUCUGAAACCACUGUUUCAAAUAACAUUGAGAAAAGACGUGAUGCUCUGGCAGAUCUUACAAACCAAUCUGGCAAAGUUAAUUUCACGGGAUGCACGUUUAACUUUUGAGACAUCCCGCUAUAAUUACAAUUUAAGAAGUUAGAAAUAAAAAUUUAGAAAAUUGAGAUUUUAUUUAUUUGAUGUAUGUUAAUAAAGUUUAAUAAAGUUCAUAUCGUUUUUAUUUGCUUCUGUUUGGACCUCAAACGGGCAAUACCCGCACUCCAGUAAUCGCACUCUACUAUGCUGAAAAUGAAGCCACACCCCUUCACUUAACACACGUGCCCUACUUGGUAUAGGAUUUAACUCUGACACAUUUUCUACAGAAAGGUCCCCAAACUAUGAUACAAUGUUUGUUACCGAGUGCUGUAUUUCUACAUUAACCGCCAAGAACACAGCUGUUCAAAAAUAAAUAAUUAUGCCAUUUCAUGCCCGAAUGAGGUCAAAUUUAGAUAUUAUAUCACUUAAAUAAAAAUGAAUAUGUUGUUGGAAUAUAUGGACAAACUGAGUAUAAAUUAUGAAUUAAUAAGAAGUACCACAUAUCUUCAAUAACUAUUUUACGUGCUGCGCCUGUUGCGUGUUACCAUGGUUAUUCAAUGUCAAAGAAAACGCGUGUUCAUCAUAAUAAAUUAAAAAACUUAUGCAUAAAUUGUAGAAAACAUUUUACGAUCCAUAUACAUAUGAGAAUGUUCUAAAUUGGAUGAAAUAUGAAUAUGCAAGACUCUCAGUCCUAUUACUUUUUGAGCAACCCUCGUAUAAUGAGAAAAUAGCAGAUUACACAGCAAUGGUCGAAAAGAAUUCAAACUCAUUAUGGGAAAAUAACUGUUAUUAAAACAUUGGCUUUAUCAAAAAUCAAUCAUCUACUUAUUUCUCUUCCAAAUCCGCCCAACGAAGUAAUCAAAGAACUAGAAACUAUAUUUUUUGAAUUUUCUUUGGAAUAACUCAAGAGACAAGAUUAAACGAGAAGUAUAUUAUUAAACCGA